AUACUCGGUUCAUUCAAGACUUCCAGCUAAUGUCAAAGUUCAUCAUACCACCACAACAACCAUGGCGGAGGCAGAAGCUUGCAUUUGGAAAUGCUGUGAAGAGGAGUCGGAGGGAAAUAAUGCUGUUAUUGUUCAGUUUUCCAAUGGAAAUCUGAAAAACCCAGACGACGUGGACUUCACCUUGUAUAAGAACGUUGACGGCAGUAACCCCAGGAAGAAAAACAGACGAAUUCUUGUAGCUGAAACAGACAGACUUUGCUAUGUUGGAAAUAACUUUGGAGCGGGAUCCCUGAAAUGCAACACCCUUUGCAAGUAUUAUGUAGGUGUCCUGGACAAGAGCACGAGGGAGAUGGAAGUCCACAAUGCCCAGAUCUUUAAUAUGCAACCCCACAUCCCAGGGGAGUCUACUCCAGAGGAAGAACUCCCAACUUCGUCAAAGUCCUACAGAGAUAAGGUGGACUCCCUGAUCGAGGCGUUCGGCACCAACAAGCAGAAACGUGCCCUCAGCUCGCGGAAGCUCAACCAGGUGGGCAGUGACUCCCUGCAGCAAGCUGUGCACAGAGCAGCCAACACCAUCAUCGACCAGAAGGGUCUGGAAGCUCUGGAGCAGGAUGUAGCUCAGGCAGAGGUGCAGGCAGAUACAGUCUUGUAUCUCCCGCCGUGUCACCCCGAUGCCGACCAGCCUCAGGACGUCUACCCAUUCGAUGAGCUCAUCUCCCCCGUUGAGUACAAGGCUUUAGAGGCUCCUGGCCGCAAGCUGCUGGAGCUCACCCCAGAAGACCUGGAGAAGAUGGCCAAAGAGGACAGCCCCCUGUCAGUGCUGAAGCUGCUGAGGACGCUCUCUGGAGACGAGGAGUCACGUGACCGACAGGCGCGCUGCACUUGGUACCUCUCCCUGCUCAUCAAGCUGGCCCACCAGAGAAACUUCACCCGCAAGUUUGGACAGGAAGAAGGGUGCCCCCGCAUUAUCCAGAACAAGCUAAUGAGGACUUUCACAGUGGAAGCAUUUAAUCAUGGCAGGAUUCAGAACAUGUUGCCCACCUCCAUGCGGGUGAAGCUGGCUGCGUACUGCCUGGCUCUGCUGCUUCACCUGGGUGAGCAGAUGGCCGACCUCACCCUGCUCCACCGGGACCUGAGGAUCACUGAGAACAAGAUGCUGGAGGUGGCCAAGUCCAUGGGCCUGAAGCUGAGCAGGCGGCCCGUGUCGGAGGAGGGCGGGCUGGGGCCAGAGAACGAGCACAGGCUGGCCACGCUGGAGCUCCCGCUGGCCAAGUACGACCACCUGGUGCAGCGGCGCAAACGCAAGAAGAUGAAGUAACCGGAGGGGACAGCAGGGGGCGCUGAUGUGCCCCGAGACACAGCGCUAUGGUGUCAGGUGGCAAAAGAAAAAGAAACGGGAGUAGAAGCUGGAGUGAAACUCCACCGUUGACAUUGUCCAUUUCAUCUGCAGCAGCAAUGCACAUCUCACAAUGCACCAUACCUAAUGGCUGUUCUGCACCACAAAUCACCGUCUUAAGACCUGAACGCCUGUGUUCAUGCCUGAGUGAUCUUUCCUCCGUAUACCUCGGUACCGACAUUCUAAACAGACUUUUAUACCUUCUUGGGUACAGGAAUGUGUGCAUUUGGGAUGCUGGUAUAAUGCAGGAUGGGUUACGUAUUAAAAUCAAGAAUGGCUGUUUUAUAAUGACAAAAGUAUAGCUCUCAGAUCAUUCAGAUUCAAUUCAAUUCUAUCAAGAUUGAACUCGUGAUAUAAACUCUGGCAUUUAUAUUACAAUUUAAGUGUAAAUACGACUUACCAGCUUUUUUGUAGAAAUGCAGAAAAACCAGAAGGGGCAUGUAUAAUUUAAAAUUUAAUAUUAAAAAAUUAUAUGUAUAUAGGCACAUUUCAAACAA